CCUUCUUCUUCUAUCUGACCUAGAAGAGGCACACAGCCAUCCAGAACCAUUUCUUCUCUACCAUAAUCUACGACCAACAAAACUAAAAUCAGAGUUUUUAUUAUUUUUUAGUUGCGAUUGAGAAACAGAUGCGAGAGAAGGAAAGUAGAGGAAUCGAGAUAUAAGGAAGCAACAGUGCACAUCGGCGUUAGUUUCAAGAACGGCGACCCAUGUUGUUGUCGGAAACUAUAGUGAUCAGAAAUGGUCAUGGUGGUCGGAUGUUUGAUCGGGAUCCGACGUCAGCUUCAAUUUUAUUAGACACUGAAGGGGAUAAAUCGGAAUUUUUUAUCGCUGAAUUUCUGAUUGUGUGUUCAGAUGCCAGAAUCGACGGUCGGAGGCCACUAGGUCGGAAUGUCGGAGCCGGGUCCAAAAAUGAUGACGAUGAACAGGGGAAGAAUUUUUUAUUGUUUGAUUUCUAUUUGUCUUCCCUCUGUGUUUGAUUGGCAUCGCAGAAAGUUAGGAAAACUAGUUCUUUGAUAGGGAUCCGACGUCAUGUUCGAUUUUAUUAGAGAUUGAAGGGGGGGGGGUAAAUCAUAAUUUGUUAUUGUUUGAUUUAUGUUUGUCUUCCCUCUAUGUCUCUUGAUACAGCUCAUCAGCAAAGGCCCAAGCAUUGGUCACUAAAAUUCACCAAAUUUCAAGAAAUUGAGGUUGUUCAACUUGAGAAAUAAGUUAGGAGUCAGGUUGUGCAGUAUCUCCACUUUCUAUGUUUCCUUUUAUUUUGACAAUUUUAGCUCUCAACAUUAGGGGUAGAUGUUAUUUUAAUUUGAUCUAUUUUCUUUGAUUGGAAAGAAUAUUCAGAAAAUUAUCCCAAAUUACCCAUUUUCUUCUCUCUAGUCUUGGGAGACUAACCCUCUCAAACGUGGUCUAUCAUCUCUCAACCUCCUUGAUUCUGGGUUGCAUGUCUGAAAAUGGUGUCUUCGCGAAGUGAAGAUGAUGAUGAACAUGGGAAUCGUAGGUGGUCAAAACUCAAAUCUAAAAUCGUAGGUUCGAAGGCUACUUUUGAAUCGUUUGUUCAAAGGUUGCUUAUGGCUCGUUUGCUUCUGAAAUUUGGUUCAAAGAUGAAGUAUAAAACGAUGUAAAAAUACGAAGAGGUUGAUGAAGAAAAAGAAGAUGUGACAUGAAGAAAAAGAAAUUGGUGUAAAAGAGAAGGAAUCAUGGAUCAAUAAUAUGGGGUUAAUUAUACUUUUUAAAUUUUUUUCUUUGUAUUUCAAAAAAUAAAAAUAAGUAAUUUUCUAAGAGGACAAAUAGAACACGUGGCUAUGAUAUGGCCUUUAUGUCUUCAUAUCAGCAUGCCAACUAAGCAUUGUUUACCUGAGAACCGGUAGUUUUUUGGUUCAAGCACCUAUUUAAUAGGUAAAAUUCAAGUUUUAAUGAUCAAUCCGGG